GGUGUUUGGGCAGCAGGCAGGUUUUGCAACCUCCCCUGGUGUGCCUGAAUGGGCCCACCGGAGAAAAUAGGGGGAUUCUGAGCCCAUGUGGUCCAUUCAUUCUGCGCAGCUUGGAUCAACAGCCGUGCACGUGAUGCAUGUGAGCAGAGUGGUGUUCCAUUGUAAAAUGCACCUGUGACUUAACCCAUUUCUAGCAACUGUUCAGUUACUUUCCUUGGCACUCAAGAGAAUCCCGCACUGAAUGCCUGAACACGCCCUCUGUGUGGAAGGGCCUGCAGCUAGGUAAGAAAUAAGGACAAGUUGCCCAUUCCUGGUUCUCCUCUCAAGCUUUUUAACCUAUUGGAUGAUGGUAGUCGGUGCUGAUUCUGCCACCCAAAGGAUUAUAGAUCACACUGGGCCAGUUGCCGUGAACUUUAAGCUGUGCUUUGGUUUCGAGCUGACGUAAAACUGUGGGUGAUUCCGGGCUGCAUGACUUUUCAUCACGGCAGUGACGGCCAGAAUUUGUUUACAGAAGACGUGACCGUCGUAGAGGGAGACGUCGCCACCAUCAGUUGCAGAGUUAAAAACAACGACGAUUCCGUGAUUCAGCUACUGAAUCCUAACAGACAGACGAUUUAUUUCAGAGACUUCAGGCCUUUGAAGGACAGCAGGUUUCAGUUGGUGAAUUUCUCUAACAGCGAACUCAGAGUGUCGCUGACAAAUGUCUCUAUUUCGGACGAAGGAAGGUACUUCUGUCAACUCUACACGGAUCCCCCCCAGGAAAUUUUCAUGACGAUCACGGUGCUUGUCCCGCCACGUAACUUGGUAAUUGACAUCCAGAAGGACACGGCGGUGGAAGGAGAAGAGAUUGAGCUGAACUGCACGGCCAUGGCCAGCCGACCGGCCACGACAAUCAAGUGGUUCAAAGGCAGCAAGGAGCUAAAGGGGAAAUCAGAAGUGGAGCAAUGGUCAGACAUGUACACAGUGACCAGCCAGAUUUCCUUGACCGUCCGGCGGGAAGAUGAUGGGGUCCCCGUCGUCUGCGAGGUCGACCACCCCGCUGUCAAAGACUUGCAGACCAAGCGCUACCUAGAUGUAAUGUAUAAGCCUCAGAUACGGGUGUCACAGCUUUUACCAGCAUCUGGACUAACAAGGGAAGGGGAUCUACUUGACCUUCUCUGCCAAGUUGAAGGGAAGCCAGAGCCGACAGACACGACGUGGUUCAGAGUAGAUGAGGAGAUGCCUCCGCACGUUAUCGUUUCGGGCUCAAACCUUCACAUUAGCAGCCUCAACAAAAGCGACAACGGCACCUACCGCUGCGAGGCGUCGAACGAAGUGGGGAAGGCCUUUGUCGACUACAUGCUUUAUGUCUAUGAUCCCCUCACAACUCUCCCUCCACCCACAACAACCAUCAUCAUUCCCUUCACCACCGCAGACACAACGGCGACGACAGAACCAGCAGUUCACGGCUUUACUCAGUUGCCAAAUUCUGCCGAAGAGCUGGACUAUGGGGACCUCUCAGCUAAAAAUAGAAAGGCUCAUUCCAAAAUUGCACCCCAGCCAGAGACCACCAGCUGGUUCCAUGAUUCCCGAGCAGGGGAGGAGAGUGCUAUUACCGCCGUGGACCAUGCCGUGAUCGGUGGUGUCGUGGCCGUGGUGGUCUUUGCCAUGCUCUGUCUCCUUAUCAUUUUGGGACGAUACUUUGCAAGACACAAAGGUACGUACUUCACCCAUGAAGCCAAAGGAGCUGACGAUGCGGCUGACGCGGACACGGCUAUCAUCAACGCAGAGGGAGGCCAGAACAACUCAGAGGAGAAGAAGGAGUACUUCAUCUAGACCCGCCUCGGCGUCCCUGAGGUGUCCAGCUGUGGACAGUCACUGGCCCUGCGUGUGAAGAUCAAGACAGUGAUGGUGGAAGUUGCUACCAGCUUAUGGCAUUUUACUUUGUCUCUGUCUUUUUCUUUCCUUUUUUUCCCCCUUCCAGUGCUGUUUUAUUUUAUUUUAAAAUGGAUGGAUGAAUGGACAGAUGGAUGGAUGGAGUGAGGUGUGGGCCUGUCAGAGAGAGUCCAGGAUUUCCUAUGUGAAAGUGAUCUUUGUAAAUUACACUCUGCUGUUCGGCACCUCAGUUUAUUUGGGUUUUUAAUUCUCUGGCCAAGUCCAACUUGGAUUUAGUUUAGUUCCAUCAUUUGCAGAAAAUUCUGUGCCUUGUUUUAUUUCUUGUUUCAUGGGGGAGGGGGAGCGGGGGGGGGGCGGCCCUGUUGAUUUCUUUUUCCUUCCAGCCUCUCUUGGAAUUGCCUGCUGGGAUCCCUUGCAAAUAGGUUUUUUUUUUCCCCCUUCCUUUUUUUUUAAGAAAAAAAGAAAACUCCUGGUUUGUUUUUAUGUUGUUGUUGCUGUUUGAAAUUGUGUCAUCAAAGGAGAACCAGCACACCUUAGGUUUCAUUGUUUGGAAUUCAGUGUGUGUUCAUAAUCCAUUCGACUCCCUUGUCAUGAAAGCUUGGACAAACAAACUUUUUAGGAGCGUGGUUUGCGGCUGCCCAUGUUUCCAGCGCAGCCGAGCCGAGAACAUAGGCUGAAACUUUGAAAACAUGCUCUGCUUCACACCCAGAGACACAGCCGUGCCAGGUUAUCUGCAAGCAAAGUGCGCCCCAAGGAUAUGGAGACUGUUCAAUGUGGUCUCUGUCGAAUCCUGUACAGCACGCCUCCUCCUCUCCGGGUGGGAGCUGGUAUUGAAGGGAUCUUCCUGGACUUUGUCCUAAACAGCCCUGACAGAUGAGGCCUGCUUCUUUCAUGCAAGUAGGCAAAUUUGAAUCCUCACAGGAGGGGUGGAGGGAACGCGGAAGUUCUGCUCUAAUUAUUUCUGUUCCAAACAAUCCCAUCAGUGGCUCCCAAUUGGCCUUGCGUCUCUGUAAUUUCCUGGAAAGAGAAAAACCUUUGUGAUGUGAACGGACUGUGAAUGAGCCAGAUUCUCAGUUUUGUGUCUUGUUUUAUCCUUUCUUCUCAGUUGUAUUUCGUUAAAGAGGGGAGGCAUUAUGAUGGCGGCCUGCAAGUACGCUGCAUUACAGGCAUUUGUCGUGCUGAGCCUCCAUCCAGAGACUGUGUGAAAUAUUUCUUUCUUUUGGAUUUGACUUGACAAAAGGCAGGAGGGGAGAGAAGAAAUGUCGGGAUGGUUUUUGUGCUGGACUGCCCUGCGUCUCCCUUCUGGAAAGGUCAGAGCAGAGGUGGGAAGAUCAGCAGGGAGGUUUUCUCCUUCUUUAAUCCAAAUUCUCUCUUAAUGUUGAGCGUCUGUGAGUCGUUCUUUUCCCUACGUGUACACCUCCUGAGCACUAGCUUUGGCCUCCUUCCUCAGCCUUACAAGCCAUCUGACACCAGCUUCCUGACCCUUGCAUGAUGUAGGCAUGGCGGAGAGCUACUGACAGCCAGAUUACCUUGGGAACGUUGGUGAGCUCCCUGCAGUCAGCUGCAGGGCCGGGAGGCCCUCGUUGUCAGCGUGUGUAGGACUGUGAGAGGUCCAUACCCUGAAAAGGAGCGAUGCGUCUAAUAUGCGUUGGAGUUAUGCCCAGGCCACAGGUGACCGUUUCCAUUGGGAAGAUGGCCGCCUCGCAGGGAAACAUGUUGAGAAGUAAUGAAGGAUUUGGAUGGGUUUUUACGACUGUCGUGUUGCAUACUUGCAAAGAUUUAUUUAAGGGAGGGAUGUAUCUAAAUGUCAGCAUUUUGUUUGUUUUUUAAAAAGGCUUUUUAAGAAAAUAUUUUUUUUAAUUUUAUUGGCAGAACCAUUUAGGCGCUACCUUUUUAGUGAACUUUCUGGUACACAAAACAAUAGCGUGUUUUGUACAGCCUUUUGCUUUUUCUCCCUCGCAUGAAGACAUGAAGCUGCCUUAUAUUGGAUCAAAGCCUGGUCCAUCGAGGUCAUUAUUGUCUACUCAGACCGGCAGCUGCUGUCCAGGUCUCAGGCCGAGGUCUUUCACGUGACCUGCAGUCUGGCCCCCUGACCCUCUUAACUGGAGAGGCCAGGGGACUGUGCCUGGGACCUGCAGCCCUGAAAAACAUAACAAAUACUACUUGUCCCCUUUUCCUGCUCCAACAGAGUUUUCUCACAUGCAGCCUCGUUUCUCAUCCUUCUCUACCACUUGAGACAACAGACAAAUCACCCCGAAGGGCAAGGAGAGCAAAUGAAAGAUGGGGGGGGGCUCUUUUUCUACGCCUUGAUCACAGAACUGGCGUCCUGUUUUCUGAAGAACUCAUCUUUGUUUUGAAAAGUGUACAGUAGUGCCGUGUUCCCAAUGUAACUUUGACUUAAUAAUGUUGACAUGUCUCAGGUUCAUGUGUUUUGAUUGGUGUUUUCCGUCUCAGGUAGAUCGCAAAACUUUUGGCCCCACACAUUGAAAGAGAACACAACAAACAACCACAACAGGAAAUAAAGGAUUUUAGUUGUAAUACCAAGUUUCAAGGCAUUUUGGUUUCUGCGAGUAUACAGUGCACUGUUUGAAAUGUAUUGUUAAGUAUUGAUUUGUACAGGUUUAGAUUACAAGGGUUUUGUUAGGAGUGGCGAAAGAACAAACUUGUUUCUUGUGGGUUUUGUGGUUUGGGUUUUUUUUUAAAACAAAAUGAGCGUUGGUAAGAAAAAUGAAGGGUGUAUAACUGAUGCCAAAUAAGCUUGUUCUUUACUCACCGGUGACCUUUUUUUAAUUUUGCCCCCUUAGACCGGUUCUGUUUAAGGUGUCCAUUGGAUGAUGUUGCAGUGUAAGAAAAAUGCAUAUCCAUAUCUUCCCAUUCACAUUUUGUAUUGGUUCAUGUAUACCAUUUUUACAAAGAAAAAGAAGUACUAUAAAGUAUCUGUCUUCUUAAUAAAAACAAAUUAAUGUUACAAAACUA